AUGUCCGAUUCUUCAUUGUAUUUAUCCAGUAAAGAAACUUCACGUAAAAAUGAUCAACGAUUGCAUAAUCUUUUUUAUCGUAAAUCAAAACUUGAAAGCGUCAAUGAAACAUCAGCAUUACUAAGUGGAUUUGCUAUUGUUGCAAUCGUCGAAUUAUCAUUAGAUUCAUAUAAAGGUCAAAGUUCAAAUGAUAAUUUAUUAAUUUGUUAUGCAAUAAUAUCAUGUUUAUUAGUUGGUAUACAUCUACUUGCUUUAUUAAUGUCUAUGUGUAUAUUACCUGAAUUAAAAAGUGUAAUACGUCAAAGUGAUUAUUGGAUCAAUAAUGAAAAUAGUAAACCGUUAUCAUCUUUAAAUAUUUAUAUUGAAAUAGCAUGGGUUGUAUCAACAGGUUUAGGUCUGUUUUUAUUUAUUAUUGAACUUGGUAUAAUUAUAUGGAUUAAAGUUAGUGGAUUUUCACGUACAGCAGCUAUUUCUGCUCUUGUUACACUGUGCAUUGUUGGUUUGCCAUUUAUUUUAUUUGCUGUUGGUUUUUAUAUUCGUGUGACACGAGCAAAAGUCCAUCUACAUCAAACAGAUUUAGAUAAAAUUGAACGUGGUGCUAUUGCUCGUGGACUUCUAUUAAAUAAUCCAGUUAUUACACCACCAAGAAGUACGGUAGAAUUUCAUGUAGAUGAACAUCAUCCAACCUAA